CCAAAGAUUUUGCAUCAAAUGAAUGUGUGAGAAUAGAAAAGAAAAAGAAAUCCAAAAUAACUAAAAAAGAAGGUGAUGAAGCAAAGACAUGAACAAAAAUUAAACACAUAAUUUAGGAUUAACAUUCUUUGAUUUUUUUGUUCUUUUCUUUAACAUUUUUUUUCAUGAUUGAUCACAAAAAAGAGUUUUCAAAUCCAAUUUCAUGUCUCAUCAUUGACAUAUAGAACAAAUUUGGAAAUGAGUAAAGAACAAAGCGGAGUUAUAAAGGCAUGGGAAGCCACCAUAAGGAAGACUCAGGCAGCCAAGAAAAGGGCCAACAGCAUCUUCGGUACGAUCUCUGUCGCGCAUGCGGACGAUGAAAAUGAAGAAGAUAAUGACAACAAUGGAGGCGUUCAGCUGGAACCCUACCAUGCAGAGAAAAUCUUACCCAACGGAGAUUAUUAUACAGGCCAAUGGAGCGAUAAUUUCCCAUGCGGACAAGGCAAAUAUUUAUGGACAGACGGAUGCAUGUACAUCGGAGAAUGGAGCCGAGGAAAAACAAUGGGCAGAGGCAAAUUUAGCUGGCCAUCGGGUGCAACUUAUGAAGGAGAAUUCAAAAGCGGCUAUAUGGACGGUACCGGCGUUUAUACAGGGCCUAGCGGCGAUACAUAUAAAGGACAUUGGAUCAUGAACUUGAAACACGGGCAUGGAAUCAAGAGUUUCGCCAACGGAGAUUUAUACGACGGGGAAUGGCGGCGGGGUUUGCAAGAAGGGAACGGAAGGUAUCAAUGGCCGAACGGGAAUUACUACGUUGGCGAAUGGAAGAACGGGAUGAUAGCCGGUAAAGGAACAUUUGUUUGGAGCAACGGAAAUAGAUUUGAUGGAAAUUGGGAAGAUUGCUUGCCUAAGGGGAAUGGAACAUUUCAAUGGGCCGAUGGGAAUUUUUAUGUUGGAAAUUGGAGUAAAGAUCCUAAUGAACAAAACGGGACUUAUUAUCCUUGCUCUUCGACAUCGUCACCCGAAGGACAAUUAGACAAAUGGGAUCCUCAGGAUGUGUACAAGGUUGAUUUAUGUGAAUGUCACAUUUGCCCGGGAGAGAAGGUGUCGAUUUUGCCGUCGCAGAAGAAGCUCGCGGUAUGGAAUUCGUCGAAAGGCGGGGUCGGUGAGAAACCGAGGAGGAUAUCGGUGGACGGAAGGGUGAGUGUGGGCGGAGAAAGGGCAUAUGAUAGGAUGAAUAUGUGGGAUUGUAGUGGCGAUGAAGGUCAAUGUACUUUGGAAGGAGAUCAAUCUUGUAAUGGUGAAGAUGGAAAUUCAAGAUUUGUUCCUAUUAAAGUACCAAAAUUUGUUAAGAGACAAGGGGAUACCAUUUGUAAAGGUCAUAAGAAUUAUGAGCUCAUGCUCAAUCUCCAGCUAGGAAUCAGGCAUUCAGUUGGAAGACCUGCUCCAAGUGCAUCUCUUGAUCUGAAGGCUUCAGCUUUUGAUCCGAAAGAAAAAUUAUGGACAAGAUUUCCUCCGGAAGGAACUAAACAUACUCCGCCACAUUCAUCAUGCGAAUUUAAAUGGAAGGACUACUGUCCAUUGGUUUUCAGGACUUUAAGGAAGCUGUUUAAGGUGGAUCCUGCUGAUUACAUGCUGUCAAUAUGCGGGAAUGAUGCGCUUCGCGAACUGUCGUCUCCCGGAAAAAGUGGCAGCUUUUUUUACUUGACAAAUGACGAUCGAUAUAUGAUUAAGACAAUGAAGAAAGCUGAAGUCAAAGUGCUUAUAAGAAUGCUUAGUGCCUAUUAUAACCAUGUUAGAGCCUUUGAGAACACUUUAGUCACCAAGUUUUUCGGUCUGCAUUGUGUCAAAUUAACUGGGACUGCACAGAAAAAGGUGAGGUUCAUCAUAAUGGGAAAUCUAUUCUGUUCCGAAUACACAAUCCAUAGGCGUUUCGACUUGAAAGGAUCUUCUCUCGGGCGGACAACAGAUAAACAUGAAUCAGAGAUUGAGUCAACAACCAUACUUAAAGACUUGGAUUUGAAUUUCAUAUUCAGAUUACAAAAAGCAUGGUUUCAGGAGUUUUGCAGGCAAGUAGAUAGGGAUUGUGAGCUUCUUGAACAGGAAAGGAUUAUGGAUUACAGUUUACUUGUCGGUCUUCACUUUCGAGAAGUAUCACCUACAGGAGAUCUCAUUCCCUCGCCAUCUCGCCCUGUUACGACUUCUGGAGGGGAACUUGAGAUCAAUGACGCAGCUCCUCGCCUUUCACGAGCAGAUAUGGACCAUAUUCUUCUUGACCCGGCCAGGUGGGCUCGGAUUAGAUUGGGAGUAAACAUGCCUGCGCGAGUUGAAAGAACAAUGAGAAGAAACCAUUGCGAGUAUCAGCUUGUAGGAGAACCGACAGGCGAGUUUUAUGAUGUGAUCAUGUUUUUCGGUAUUAUAGACAUCCUUCAGGAUUACGACAUUAGCAAGAAAUUGGAGCAUGCUUAUAAAUCCAUUCAGUAUGAUCCGACUUCCAUCUCAGCAGUCGAUCCUAAACAAUAUUCGAGGCGCUUUCGGGAUUUUAUAUUCAAGAUUUUUAAAGAAGAUUCUUGAACCUGACUGCUCCAAUUUUCUGCCAAUUAGUACCUACAAUAUGUUGUUAAAUAUCCUUGUAUAUUACCCACAGAGUUUAUUUCCCAAUUCCUUCACCGAUUUUGUUACCUUCAACUCAAUUCUCUGUUUAUAAAUAUAUAUUCAGUAUUUACAUAAUGGGCAAGAUUGGACAGGUUUGUUUGGAUCCAA